CCACGAUUCAAGAUGUCUGCGCCCAUGAAGACAUAAUAUCGUCUGUACUGUCUGCACGAUAUGUUCUACGGUAUUGAUUCUUUAAUUUGAAGAGCUGCUUCCCUGACGGUCCUGAAAACUUGAGGAGAUGCAGACGCCUGAAAUGAAAUUUGAUUUGGUCCAUACUGGUUGUCAUGGAGGCGUGGAAGUUGUUCCCGUGGAAACCACAGAUCACCAGUGUGUUUUGCCUCGAAAGACUCUGCCUAAUGGGCUGCCCCCUGUACUGCCGACUCUGCAGGAGGACCUGGAGCACUACCUCACUUGUCCUGAACAGCUGCCAGUUCAUGAUGUCCUCCGAUCUCAGCAAUUCUGGCCGAGAGAAAGGAAACCUGAGCGUUUGUUGUCAGUAGACGUUUGUCCAGUACAAACUACCAUACAGGUAGAACGGAACACCACGACAGGACAACUUCUGGGUUACAAGGAGGAAUAUAUUCCAGACACUGGCAAAACUGCCAACAACUCUUUGUCUUUGAGACGGCCCCCGGGACCAGCGAGUCAGGAUGUGAAGGGCAACACAGGGAACUAUCCCUUCUGGCCAGGCGGCCUGGAUGAGCCUGAGCUGGAGGCUGUGGUUGAAGGAGUGGACACUGCUGUUGUAGAGUUUGAAAAAGACUUGCUCACAGUUCCUCCAGGUAUGAAGGCUGGAAUGACAUUUGAGACAUCCGAUAAAACUAGUCGUAAUACAGACGUCAUCAAUCUGGCAGACAUAUUGGCUGAUGGGGCUGACCUUGACCUUGGUGACAGUGAUGAAGAAACAGAACCACAGGGAAAAGAACAGGAAUCUGCAGACAAGGCCCCUGCUGACUCUCUGACCAGGAGUGAAAGCUUGGAGAACUUAGUGCAGGUGGAGAAAUCAGGAGCACCUGUUCUUCCCCGUCCCCGUCCGGCUGAGGUGAAGGAGCAGUGGGCAGUCAAAGUGGACAUCAACCAACCAGUUGACGACUUCUACAAGAGAAUACCGGAUAUGGCUUAUAAGUGGCCAUUUGAGCCAGACAUCUUCCAGAAACAGGCCAUCCUCCAUCUUGAGAAACACGAAAGUGUGUUCGUUGCUGCCCACACCUCCGCUGGGAAGACCGUGGUGGCGGAGUACGCCAUCGCUCUCUCGCUCAAGCACAUGACCAGAACGGUGUAUACAUCCCCCAUCAAGGCUUUAUCCAAUCAGAAGUUCCGAGACUUCAAGACCACGUUCGGUGAUGUCGGACUUGUGACGGGAGAUGUACAGUUGAAUCAGACAGCAGCAUGUCUUAUCAUGACAACUGAGAUUCUCCGGUCAAUGUUGUACAAUGGGUCUGAUGUGAUCCGUGACCUGGAAUGGGUUAUCUUUGAUGAGGUCCACUACAUCAAUGACUCCGAGCGUGGUGUUGUGUGGGAGGAGGUGUUGAUCAUGCUGCCUCAACACGUUAACAUCAUUUUACUGUCAGCCACAGUCCCGAACACGAUGGAGUUUGCUGACUGGAUCGGCCGUAUCAAGAGGAAGAAGAUCUACGUGAUCAGCACGCUGAAGCGACCCGUGCCCCUGGAGCACUAUCUGUACACAGGCAACAGCAAUAAGACCAGCAAUGAACUCUUCCUCAUCGUCGACUCAAAGGGACAGUUUGUCACUCAGGGAUACAACAAGUCAGUAGAGGCCAAGAAGGAACGUGCCAGCAAAUCUUCUCAAAGCUUUGGGCCGAAGGGGACAAGGGGAGGCAACCCUGCACAGGACAAGAACGUGUGGUUGUCAUUGAUUGACAUGGUGAAGAAGAAGGAUAAGCUCCCCAUGGUGGCCUUCACCUUCUCUCGGAAGAAGAUUGAGGAGAACGCAGACAAGCUGGGCAGCGUUGACCUGACAACACAGAGUGAGAAGAGUGAGAUCCACGUCUUCUUUCACCGAUGUGUAAACAAGUUGAAACCCCCAGACCGGAACUUGCCACAGAUCAGGAACAUGGAGGAUAUCUUGAAGAGGGGAAUUGGCAUCCACCACAGCGGGAUCCUACCCAUUCUCAAGGAGGUUGUGGAGAUGCUGUUCCAGAAAGGCCUUGUUAAGAUCCUGUUUGCAACCGAGACAUUUGCCAUGGGAGUGAACAUGCCAGCGAGAACGGUGGUGUUUGACUCCAUACGGAAACACGAUGGAACAAACUUCCGUGAUUUACUGCCGGGAGAGUACAUCCAGAUGGCUGGACGGGCUGGCCGACGUGGUCUGGACACGACAGGAACGGUCAUUAUACUCUGUAAGGGAGAUGUCCCUGAGGUGUCCAAUCUGCACAGCAUGAUGCUGGGCAAACCAACAAAGUUAGAGUCUCAGUUCCGCCUGACGUACACAAUGAUUCUGAACCUGCUGCGAGUUGAACAACUCCGGGUGGAGGACAUGAUGAAGAGGAGUUUCUCCGAGUUCCACGCUCAGAAGGAUGCGACAAAACACAGGGACGCUAUUCAGCAGCUGGCCAAAAAGGUCAAGGACAUUCAGGAGAUAGAGUGCUUCAUGUGUUCUAUUGAUCUUGAGAAUUACUUCAAGUCAUGGUCGGAGUAUCAGGAUCUUAGGAAGAAUCUGCAGUCUGUUGUCCUGUCCCAUCCAGCGGCCAUCAAGGCAUUAUCUGCAGGUCGUGUGGUGGUCAUCAACAAGUCAAGUCACAGGAACACACUGGGUGUGGUGCUAAAUUCAAGUAUGGGACAGAAUAAUGACAGAAUAUUUACAGUGCUUGUUAUUUGUGAAAAACAUUACGGUGAUGCUGCUCAAAAUGAUAAACAUUCUGCUGAGUUAUCGCCAAUUCUGUCUCGGCAAUUGUUCCAACCCGAGGGUCCAUGUUGGCAUGACGUUGUCAAGGUGAAAGGCGAAGAAAUAAGUGUUGUGACAACAAAGACACUGAAGGUGGAGCCAACCAAGAUAAUUAAUGAUGUACAGAAACGACAACAACUAAGAUUUAAAGAUGAUCCUCCUGGCCAAUCCGUUUCCAUGACGGCCCAAGAGUUGCUGCGACUGACAGAAGCUAACCUUUCUGGUAUGAGUGGCCUUGACCCUGUGAAAGACCUUCACCUUCGUGACAUCAGUCUUGUUGAGCAGUUCCGGUCUCUGCAGUUUCUUGAAGACAAUCUCAGAAAGUAUCAGUGUAUCAACUGUCCCAAGUUUGAAGACCAUUUCCGCCACGUCCAGAAGAACAUGUCCAUACAAGAGGAGUACGAGAGACUCAAGUUUCUGCUGUCUGACCAGAGUCUCACCCUCCUACCAGAGUAUGAGCAGAGGAUAAAGGUUUUACAAGAUCUGAACUACAUCGAUGCCAACAAUGCAGUGCAGUUGAAAGGUCGCGUGGCUUGUGAGAUCAGCACCCAUGAGCUGAUGAUCACGGAGCUGGUGUUUGAGAAUGCCCUCACCGACCUCCACCCAACGGACAUUGCCGCUCUCCUCUCCUGCAUGGUGUUCGAACAGAAGAAAUCCAGCGAGCCUAACCUCACGGAUACCCUCAAGAAGGGCCAUGAACGGAUCCUGGAGAUCGCGGACCGCAUUGAUCGGUUGCAGAAGGAUCACAAGAUGCAGGUACCAGCAGUGGACUACAAGAUCGGCAUCAUGGAGGUUGUGUUUGAGUGGGCCAGAGGGAUGCCAUUUGCCGAGAUCACUGACCUGACUGACGUCCAGGAAGGGAUCAUUGUCCGCUGUAUACAGAGACUGCACGAGACGUUACAUGAUGUGCGGAAUGCAGCCAGGAUCAUCGGAGACCCUGUGCUCUUCCAGAAAAUGGAGGAAGCCUCCGCAAUGAUCAAGAGAGACAUUGUGUUUGCUGCCAGCUUAUACACGCAGUGAUGUGUCCAGGGUGUUGGUGUAGUGGUGAGGACACUGUGACCUGUAGGUUGGGUCGACUCCCACACAGGUGUCACAGGUGAGCUCCAUUCACCGACUGUUAUAAAUCUCCAUUAUCCAUGGCAAGGAGUGAUGCUUGUUGCUGAGACAAUCUGACCUUAACACUCCUGGGAUUGAGGCCACAGACUGUCGGGCGGAGUGGAGCCUAGUAGUUAAGAGUGUUUGCUCAUCACACCGAAGACCCAGGUUUGACUCCCCACAUGGGUACAGUGUUUGAAGCCCAUUUCUGGUGUUCCCCGCCAUGAUAUUGCUGGAAUAUUGCUAAAAGUAACGUAAAACCUUCACUCAGUCCCAUACAACUGACCAUCAUGGCAGUUAAGAAUGUUGAAGUUAUCUCCCUUUGUACAGCUCAAUAUUAUUAUUAUUAUUACUACCUUGCGUAACAUGAUUCACUUGUCGGUGCUAUCCCAUGGUGCACAGCAGUCAUGUGUAAGUAACAAAUACGAACUGACCGUAUUGAGUUGCUUUGGUCAGAUACUAUUUGUGAAGGUCUUUUGAGAAUAACAAUCGAUCAAGCACUCCUCAAUCUUGCUGAUGUUGAAAUAUAAAACAUCCUGUCAGUAUACAUCACUGAUGGGUCAAAGGGUAAAAUUGUACAUUAAUAUAAGUUAUUCUUUUUCAGAAGAAGUCCUCCUUGGGGUACAUAUAAGCAUAUAAUUUUUCCUUAUCCUGACUCAUGAUUAUUGCUUAUCUCCCUUCUCCUUCGACGGUCAAGUGGAAACCUUGAAUCCUAUUCAAAUUAACUGAAGCGUCCGUACAAUCACUCACCCCGAGUUACCUCCCUUGUUCCCGCCAAAACCCGUCCCACAUGACCUGAGACUAGCUCAAUCCUCUCUUGUCAGGUAGCAGGUCACGCUUCGAUCUCCCGGAGCUUAGCCGUCGCUACUUGAUGGGAUAGGCUGUUCUGUUUGACCCCCCGGUGGUUGAUGAGUGCAUCUAUGCCUUGGUUGCCCUAGGGGUGUCAUCUGGCCACAGUCAAGUGUCGGCUUGUCAGGGUCGGCGCUUGCCUCCAUUUACCUCCAACAACCAGGUGUUGAAGUCUGUAUAUCGCUCUUUUGAAGAGCAAUACCGCAAUGCCGUGCAGCAGCUAGGGAAGGGCAAGGGUGAAGGUAAGGGCAAGGCUGCUUCCUCUCAGCAGCCUCUUCAGGAAGGUAAGUCGGCGGGCG